AUGACAGAUCAAAUAAUAAUAGAACAAAUUAAAACAUUUUGUUUUAAAGUUGGAAUCAAUACAAGUAAAAUACUAGCAAUUACAAUACAAGAGAAUAAGUCAAAUGACUUUUUAUCGUUGGUUAUUGAUUUCCAACAGAACAAGAUAUUGCCACAAAUACCAAUAGACCUACUCUUGCAAGACAAUAACAAGGAAAAGUCGUUUGGCAAUUAUCGGUGUUUCUACAAUGACGAUUUGGAAUUAUCUAAUGGUUUUCUAUGUUGUUCUAAUUUGAUGGCUGUAGAACCAAAGAUAUCGUCGUCUGAUGCGCACAAGGAUCGUUGUUUUGUAGAUUUUAUCAAUUGUAGAGGUAAUCAUCCAGACCUCAUUUUUGAAGUUAAAAAGGUACAAGAUACAGGUGCACAAUCGGUGAUCACUACCACCAACCAUCAAAUACUCAACAACAAAUUGGUCAAAGUCGAUAGUCGGUCAUCGACACUUAAAAUGAUUACAUUUAGGAAUUUCAAAUGUUCGUCACACAAGAUUUACUAUGGUAUCGAUGUAUACCAGUCUCAGAGGUCUGGUGCCACUUCACCACAAAUUAGAUUAAGUCCUUUUACAACUAGAAAUGAUUCUCUAAUGUCUAGUUUCUUUCAAGAAAAUUAUUUACUCUGA